GAGAGGGAAUGUAAUUUCUAUGGCAGUCCAGUGGUUAAGAUGCUGCACCUUCACUGCCAAGGGCAUGGGUUCAGCCCUGGUCAGGGAGCCAAGCAUGGCCCAAAAAAAAACAGGCAUGAAUUUUGGAUUUUAGUUCUGGUGUGCUACUCACUUGCUCUUGGGCCAGUUCCCUAGUCUCUGUCCCUCAGUAUUCAUAGCUAUAAGACGGGACUAAUAAUCAUGUUUAACUUCUAUAAGGUAAAUAUUAGGAUUAAAUAAGUUAAUGUAUGUGAAGCUCCUUGUUCCUGCGCCCAGCACACUGUCAGGCGUCCAUGGUGGUGGCCUGGUGGUGCUCUAAUAGCUGUACCACAUUUAAUCCCACGGAAUCCUUUGCCAUAAGUUUUAUUUUAUGAUGAGAAAAUAGCCUCGUGGAAUUCAAGGGCUCUGAAUAAAGCCCUGACUUUGUCUUGUGGCUGCAGGGCCUGAAGGUUUAAGCCCAAAGGCAUCCCACACUGUGCAGUGGAGAAGAGACCUACCCCACCCCCUGAGCUGGUCUUUCCUGAAUUCUCUCCCUGCGUGCCAUUCCCAUGGCCCUGGACCUUUUCCCUCUUGUCCUUAUGUGGCUCCCAGUUCCUUUUCCUGUUUUUCAUUCACAUACCAUCAGCCCCACAAGCAGCCUUCCAUUCAGGCAUCUUGAGCCAUGGCAGUGUGGUCUCCUAUCACUUUUCCAUCUCUAGUCCCCAGCCUUCACCCCUGUCUUUUAAUGAGCUAGCCCAGACUCUGAGCCUGGGUUCAAAUCCCCACUCCCCUACUUACUGGCUGUGUGGCCUCAGGCGUGUUCCCUCAGUUUACUCACAGGCAAAAUAGAGAUAGCAGUAGUAUCAGAGUGGUAUUGCAAGGCUGAAAUGAAUUAAUACAUGUAAGGUUCUGAGAACAGAGCUUGGCCCACGGUAAGUGCUCUGUAAGUGGUGGGUGCUGUUGUUGUUGCUCUGGUGGCUAUAUCUGAUGUUUUGCCAAACCCAGGAGGAAGAAAAUAGAGAUCCCAGUGCAGUUACCAGUUCCCCAACCCCAGAGCACUUUCCACAGCCUGACACUGCAGUCAGAGUGUGAGUCACUUCACAACACCAGCCUCAGCUUUUCCAGCCACAGCUGAGCCAGGAAGGCAGGCUGGGAAUGCUGGAGUUAUCAUCGAGUUGGGGCGGGGGUCCUAUUGCUAGCUGAGCCAGGAUGAGUCCAGACCUUGGGACUCCACCUCUACCACUGUCCUCUCAAAGCAGUCAGAGACUUCUGAGAGACGGGAGGGGGCAGGGGAGAGGUGUGUGGGGUGGUCACAGGGAGGUCACAGGGAGCUGGAAUUGGCCUUGAACUUGGCUACAAUGGAAAUAGUGGGGGCUGUGGGCUGGUCACGCUCCAUGGUCACUGGCUUCCAAGGUCACUGAGGCAGGGCUUGCCCAGGCUCAGGAAGUAUUAACUCAAGAAAGGAGGCUUUUGGCUCCAUUGUAUGCAGGGCACCAGUGGCAGAGGGAGGAAGCAGGCCAGGAAAAGAGGCAGAGUAGGGAGAGAGAGAGGCCUGACUGUGCUAAUUAAUUCCGUGGUCAUUUGCUGAAUGCCUCUCAGAUGCUAGCCUGUGCCGGGGAGUUCCAACCUCUGGGAAUCCCCAGUCCACAGAGGAGGCAGGUGAUCCUCACAAGGCGACUGUGCAUCUGAGGAGGUGGAUUUGAGGCUGAGGAGCAACCUUCUAGCUCCAGGACUGGGUGCAUCCUCCCGCCAUGGCCGCCACCGCCUCCCCUCUGCUGCCCACCACCAAGGUGGCCAGUUCUGAGAACAGCAGCUCCUUCUAUGACUAUGAGUACUACCUGGAGGACAUGAUUUUCAUGCUGUGUAGGAAGGACGAGGUGCUGUCAUUUGGCAGAGUCUUUCUACCUGUCUUCUACAGCCUGAUCUUUGUGCUGGGCCUGGUUGGAAACCUCCUCCUCCUAGUGGUCUUGCUCUGGUUCGUGCCUCGAAGACGGAUGACCGAGACCUAUCUGCUGAACCUGGCCAUCUCCAACCUCCUGUUUGUGGUGACACUGCCCUUCUGGGGCAUCUCUGUGGCGUGGCAUUGGGUCUUUGGGAGCUUCUUAUGCAAGGUGGUGAGCACCCUCUAUACCGUGAACUUCUACAGCGGCAUCUUCUUCAUCAGCUGCAUGAGCCUGGACAAGUACCUGGAGAUUGUCUGCGCUCGGCCCUACCACCGACUGAGGACCCGAGCCAAGAGCCUACUGCUGGCAGCCACUGUGUGGGCUGUGGCCCUGGCUGUCUCCAUUCCUGACAUGGUCUUUGUGAGGACGCAUGAAAACUCCCCAGGCGUGUGGGAGUGCUAUGCGGAUUUUGGGGGACAUGGGACCACCUGGAAGCUCUUCCUCCGCUUCCAGCAGAACCUCCUGGGGUUCCUCCUCCCCCUCCUCGCCAUGAUCUUCUUCUACUCCCGCAUUGGCUCUGUGCUGGUGAGGCUGAGGCCCCCGGGCCAGAGCCGGGCCCUGAGGAUGGCCGUAGCUCUGGUGAUGGCCUUCUUUGUGCUGUGGUUCCCGUACAACCUCACCUUGUUUCUGCACUCGCUGCUGGACCUGCAAGUCUUUGGGGACUGCAGGGUCAGCCAGCACCUGGACUAUGCGCUGCAGGUGACGGAGAGCAUCGCCUUCCUGCACUGCUGCUUCACCCCCGUCCUCUACGCCUUCUCCAGCCACCGCUUCCGCCAGUACCUCAAGGCUUUCCUGGCCGCUGUGCUCAGAAGGCAACAGACCCUGCCGUCCAGCUAUUCUGAGAGUAGCGGGCUCACUGCCCAGGAAGAUAUAAUGGGCAUGAGUGACCUCGGGGACAGGCAGGCUGAGAGCUUCCCCAACAAGGGGGACAAAGGGAAAAACUCAGCCUGAGCAGUCACACCACAGUCCAUGAGAGCAGAUGGGACCCAGCCCCUCGGUGCAUCCACCGAAGUCUUCCCUUCAGAGGCCUCAGUGACCAUGUUGCUGAUCCCACUGGUCCGUUCUCAGUCCUCAGCCAUCAGCAGCAUUCACUCUCUCUGGCCCUCACCCUCCUCUUCCUUCAUUGCCCUCCCAGAGUCCGUACUCGCUUGCCUGAAUGGCUGCCUUAGUUUAACAGCUGACCUCUGUGCUGCCCAUCCUUGGGCUCGCGUGUCAUCUGAUCUGCACCCAGCAGCCCCUGACCACAGCACCCUCAGCAUCACUCCCAUGCCCUGCAGAGUAGCCAGAUGUCUCCCACCCACCAGGCUUCCUCUUUCCCCGAAGCUCAGCUGGGAAAAUAUUAUCGUAAUUUUGUUUAAUACUGCAGCGCUCAUGCUGGCUCCAGCGGCUGGCAGUCAGGAGGGGCUGGAGGGGCUCCACCCAUGAGAGUCCACAGGUGGGAGGCAGAGUAAACACAUGUUUCUGGUGGUCCACGAGCUUCUCCCUCCUGCCUCCCGUGCCCUCACUCAGGAGCCUCCAGGGGUCCCUCAGAGCCUAUACCAUCAAAUCCAGCACCUUUGUCCAGUCUUAAGGCUGGACUUUUCACAAUCAGAAUCCCCACACCGUUUCACCCCUACACUCCUUCUCCUGGCUUUUCAUUUCUUGGGUGCCACACCUGUUGCUGUUUCCUUCACAUUCCCAUCUCUGCUCUUGUGCUGGUUGGCUCCCUCAUGGAACAGGGGUCAUUUUCCAGCCAAGUAUCCCCUCACCCUUGUUAUGUAACUGAGUCCUACCUGCUCUGGGAAACCACUCCAGAGUCACUCUGCCCUGUGCUUUGGGUGGUGUUUGGGUGGGGCACGGGUCUUAGGCCAGCUUUGGCCUUACGUUUCCCUGGCACAGUGAUUCAUUUAGGGAUGGGCCCAGACACAGGCAGAGCUUGUGAAAUGCAACUCGUCUAGAACAUGCUAGAACAGAGGCAUGAAACUGAAGCCAGGGGGAUGUGAGGUCUAGGGCUGCUUCUCCAUCAGCUUGGACUUCAGAAGGGGAGGUGACAGCAGUGAGUAAGCAGAUCCUGGGGUCAACGCCAAAGCCCCAGAAUCAAGGCCUGGCAGAA